AGGAGCGUACAGGUCAAAAGAAGAUCAAGUCUCCUGUGGCAUCAAGAUCAAGUUCAAGAUACAGUACAAGGAGUGGAUUACAGUGAGGAAAGUUAAGUAAAGAAACAGAAGAGAGGACCAAGAGGAGGAGGAGGAGGAGGACCUAAGAAGCGAUACAAAGCCUUACAGGUAAAAAAAAAAUCAAGUCACCAGUCAUCUGUGGCAUCAAGAUCAAGUUCAGGAUUGGGAGCAGGUGGGAGAAUCAGCUGUUGCGGCGCAGUUGUGGUUGAAGGAGGACGCCGGGCACCACCACCACCACCACCACAUACACCAUGGCACCCGUUAAAAUUGGCAUUAUCGGCGGCUCUGGACUCAGCAACCCUCAGCUGUUUGAGAUGACGAGCGAGUCCUCAGAAGACACGCCAUUCGGGUCUCCAUCGGACAUGCUACGAGAAGGCUUCAUUGAGGGUGUGCCUUGUAUCCUCCUGGCCAGACAUGGCCGCAGGCACAGCAUCAUGCCCACCAACGUGAACUACCGAGCCAACCUCUGGGCGCUGAAGGCACGCGGCUGCACCCACGUCCUGGUGUCCACUGCCUGUGGCUCUCUACGGGAGCACAUCCACCCAGGAGACUUUGUCAUCGUGGAUCAGUUCAUUGACAGAACUACAAAGCGAGCACAAACAUUCCAUGAUGGUGAAGAGGGCCACCCUAAGGGCAUCCUGCACCUCCCCAUGGACACCCCAUUUUGCCCAGACACCCGUGCAGUACUCAAGAAGUGUUGUGAGGAACUAGACUACCCCUUCCACUCAACAGGCACAGUGAUAACGGUGGAGGGCCCGCGCUUCAGCUCCAAGGCAGAGAGUCACAUGUUCCGGCUGUGGGGCGCUGAUGUGAUCAACAUGACCACUGUCCCAGAGGUGGUGUUGGCCCGAGAGCUUGGCCUGUGCUACGCAGCGAUUGCCAUGGCCACCGACUAUGACUGCUGGAAAGAAGGACAUGAGGCCGUCACUGUGGAGGCUGUCAUGGCAACCUUCAGAUCAAAUGCUGAAAAGGCGAUCAAUAUCCUGAAGAUGGCAGUGACCAAGAUCGCAGCAGAAGACUGGAGUGAAAGGCUUGCGGCUCGACAGAGUGAAGUGACCAGCAAUACAAUGUUGCCUGCAUAAAGAGUGACAGACAGCAUUAUGAUUGCCCAUGAAGCAUAACACACUGAGAUUUGCUUCCCCAAGAGGCAGAAACAUUGAGAUUAACUGAGUAAAUUGCUUUCUUCAUUUGAUCUUGGACUUAGCGUUUGUUCCUGUAAUCAACCUGCAGUGUAGAGAGUAAAUAAGUUUAACACACUUGUCAGUUAUACAGGCCAGGUAUUGUGAACCUGACCUGAGAGACCUGAAGUGAAGCUGCUCAGAAGUGAAGGUCCCAAAUCAAAUCAACCAUUGUCAUGAUGUCAAAAGUGAUGUAGAGGGUAAAGUGAAAACAUCACAUGAAACAACACACAGCAGCUGAGUAAUACAUUCCGCACUUAUUAUCCAGUCACCUCCUACUUGCUGUUAAGGGAUCCAGAUAGGUGUGUGUAUAUUAGCCUUGUUCUUUCAGUGGCAGCUCUCCAUUCCAAUCAGUCUUUAGCAGCCACUAUGGAGUGUGCAUGGAUAUUUCCAGAUGGCAUUUGUGUUUGGACAUCAGGCGGUCAGUUGGUUGUACAGUGUGGGCGGACAUCUUCAUAUUUUUACAUGAAAAUCAAAGCAAGAAAGUGACAUGGAACUUUCACCAUAGUACAUGUUUAGUGCUCAUCAGUGGAUGACAGAUAAUCAAUGAAAUAACGGAGAAACAGGUGUAACAUUUGCACUAUUGGUGGAUGGUAGCCUGCAUCCUUGUCAAACUUUUACGGCUUUUUACAUUAUUUUAGAUUACCUUCAAGGAUUUAGGAGUCUGUGAGCUGUUCUGUGAGUGUGCACACAAUGAAAAGUGCAUAUAGUUCUGUAAACAGUGAAGAUGUUAUAACGUUGUGUUGCACCAGGAUAUUCAAAUUGGCAAGGACGAGACAGUAUUUCGUUUUAUAGAUUUCCAUCUGAAACUUGCGACAAACUGUAAAAGCAAGGAUCAGAAGAUGAUACAGAAGAGCAAGAUAGAUUGUCGCAACCCCCCUCUUCCAGUCAGGAGGAAUGGUAACAGACUGCCAUCAGCAGUCACGACCGCAUGCAACCCGCAGAUCGUGACCUCCCCUCCAGCUUUAAACAGCUCUGCACAGAUGUUAUAGAUACCAGGUGCCUUUCCUACCCUUAACUUUGCCACAGUCUCUGUGAUCUCGUUGGGAGGAUCAGCAUCCACCACCUACAUCACAGCCACUGGAAGCUGCUCACUUGAAGGGUCCACCACAUGCAAAUGCUCAAAGUAGGCAGCCAAACGAGCCCCCUGCCCAUCCAUGUCCAACACAAGGCAGCCAUCUGCUACUUGGAUAGAGCUUGCUUCUCCUUGCUCCUUGUUUCUCAGGAGAGAUCUAAUCCUGUGUGCCAGCCCCUCUAUUGGUCCCGAUUGAUUGACAAAGCAACUCUCCUUGAUAUAUAUAUAUAUAUAUAUAUAUAUAUAUAUAUAUAUAUAUAUAUAUAUAUAUAUAUAUAUAUAUAUAUAUAUAUCUAUAUAUAUAUAUAUAUAUAUAUAUAUAUAUAUAUAUAUAUAUAUAUCACAUAGGACUAGAGCCCUCCUGGGGAGAUGAAGAGAGGCAUGUGAGGAGUUUCGCUCAAGACAUUGAGGGCCAUUGAAGUGCAAAUGACUUCCAUGCAGUAAUGGCAUUUCCUUAGGUGUGAUAUUAAGCUUAUAAACUAUGUCCCCUGUGCAAUUGAGGUUUAUCCCCUUAGCCUACCUUGAGGACCAAACCCAGGGUCUUUUAGCUAUAAGUCAAACAUGCUAAUCACUGCACUACAGAGCAUCUGUAUUAUUCGAGGUCUGGCUAUAGUCAACCAUUUCAAAGAGUCAGUCGAGGCGUUGGCUUCUGCGGGUCCUUUCCUCCCCUCUGCUCUGCCACACAGUUUCAACACCUAUUUUUUUCCCCACGUGUUAGCGAUAGGUGUUGGGACUGUGUGGCAGAGCAGAGGGGAGGAAAGGACCCGUGGAAUCCAACGCCUCAACAGACUCUUUGAAAUGGUUUGGCUCUAGUGCAUGAAGUGUAUCUUUGAGGUCUUCCAUUUCUUUGCUUUGCCUUUUAUGAAAGAUUUAAAACAUGUACAGAUGCAGACAUAUGACUUGAGCGCUCCACGGUGAUGGUGUUGGAUGUGGUACGUUAAGCUAUGAAAGUCACAAAGAUUCAAUCUCCUCCCAGGGAAAACAUUCCCAUUUUCACCCUGGCAGCUGACCCUCGUCUCAGUCAAGAUCUUAGUCACAACAGCUUCCAGAGCAUCCCCAUCACAAUGGCCUCAAGCCAUCUGUCUGCAACCAUAUUCAGUCUUCAUCAAAUGACCAAUGGUGUAUAAUGUAUAUUAAAAUAAAAUUUUAAAAAUUAA